AUGGUGCAGCUUGAAGGCAGAGGAGAGUCACAGCUUCAUCCAGCUGUUUGCCUGGCAAGUGAAAAAAGAAGAGUCUGCAGGCUCAGAAGACAGAAAGAAGAUAAGGAGAAGAAAGAAAAGAAAACAAAAGGAGAAAAAGAAGUGCCUGCUCGGCGCCUGCUUAGUCGCCAGCAGGACGUCCUCUUCAUGCUGCGCAUUCUCUCUGUCUCUGUCUCUAUAUCUGUGGCUUUGUCUCUAUGGCUAUCUAUAUCUAUGCUCAUGCCUGUCUGCACUUCUAGUGGUGCCUUUGAUAUGGGAGGGCAUGGUUCACAGGAAAGGGGUGGGUCUAUUGGACUUGCUACCUGCUACCUUGCACCCUUAAAGACACUCCAUAGACAGGCUACAGAAGUACAUACUGCCUUGUCUAGGCUCAAAAGCUGGAUUCAAGGUGGUUUUAGCAUAAAGUAUUAUGAUACCUCUGGCUUUGUGCUUAGAGAAGGGGGUUUGGUGAAGUUCAGACGGAAAGGCCCUGUUGAGAUAAUGACAGUUGAUAUUAGGAUAAAAGGGGGUUUAACUAUAUCUUAG